AUGGAACCAUCAGCCUCAAUAGUUUCGCCCAAUUCAGAUCCGCUUCCGGACUCGGACACGGUCAAGUAUCCAAUAGUCAACCCGCAGGUCUUUCUCUCGGUAUCAGACGAUGCACCUAGUAUUGGGGGGACUGUCAAAACACCAUUCGCGUUUUAUGUCGAAAAGUUUUCUCUAACGCACGACUUAAAAUCGGAAAAUGAGGAGAAGGAACCGUUUGAUAGAUACUGCAUCUAUACAGGAGAGCUCUACGGGCCAGAGCUAACCGGUAAGGGGUGUAGCAUUAUCAUCUCCGGAAAAGGGGGCGUUGAGAGCAAUCCCGAUGCAUACCAAGGAGGGACAUUGCAAAUUUUCGCAGAGCAUGUCGAGGCUGCUGCGGUAGAAAAACUGCAUCUUGACGCUGGAGGAGGCCCUGGAGCCAACCGGCAGCCAGUAACUGGGACAGAUGUUGGACCCCGUGGCGGAAAUGGAGGACAAGGGGGAAGGGUCGAUGUUGUCUUUGGUUGUAUUUUCGAGCAGCCCAUUGAGCAAGGUGCCGAGCUUGUUAAAGGGCUGAUGGAUCCAAAGAAAAAGUGGCCUACGGAUUUCGAAGACAAGAUUAAACGGUUCGUCAGCUUCAUCACCCUGAAAGAAAUCAUGGCAGCCAUGACAAUACCGCCAUCAAUGAGCAAAGUAGAGACUAUGAUGGCCGCUCCAAAAGAGUCAAUACAGCCGGCUCUCAUACAAUUUCUUAUAGAUCUGGCAGCGCAGCGAGAUAGCUUGACCAACGCCUUUGAGCAACACACCAGCGUCGAGGGCGGGCCAUACGGUACUGGCGGCAUGGGAGACAAGCAACGGGGACCAAAUGGAGACACUGGUAAACCAGGGAGCCGCAGUGUUUACAUAUUGUCUGACCCGGCAAAACUAUUGGAGAGUGAAGUGUGCUUCGUGCACCCGACACAGUGCCGGAUGUUGUUAGAUAUGGCCAACCUGCUCUGGUUCUGUGGAUCUCUCAACGAAAAAGCCCGCGCAGCAAACAUUUAUACCCGUCUGAUGCGGAGGCUGGCCUUCUUAGGGGAUGUGAAGGAUGAGAAGGUAUCCAAGACACGCCUAGCGGAAGCAUAUCGCAAAUCAGAGCCAUCUUUGUUCAUCCUCGGCGGGGCGCCUGGGGAUGAACCCAUUUCAUUCACCCUUUUGCGUGCAGUUAAGGACGAAGCUCACGGAAACCUGCUGAGUCUCCUAUCAGGGAAGACCAUCUUCGGCGAUGACAGGGAGAAGGUGCCACGCGGUUCGUUUGGGUUCUACCAAACAGCCAUUGCCCCGUUGCUCACUAAUUUGAAAGAAGUUGAAAAGACAUAUCGCAGGUUUUUGGGAGGUGAAAUGGAUGCCGAAGAGAAGAAACAGGCAGUUCGUGACAGGCUGGCUCGGUGUGACUUCCGAAAGCGCCUUGUCCAAGAUGAAAUCAAAGAAAAGAAGAACGAUCUCGAUACAAACUUGCAACGGCUCCAUCUAUCAACAGAGUCCAUUGGUCCGGCAAAGAAAAGCCUGAUGAAUGCCUAUAAGGCCGUUGAGGAACAAGUCAAAACAGGGGUCACCGUCUCCUGGGAGGACCUCAUGUCUGCCCUGUCACAAGUGAUUUUUGUGCAUGGAUCCGCACCCAUGGUCGCACUGCAAGGCGCAGACCUCAUCCACAACGCACUAGAAAAGCUUGAAUCUGAUUCUGGUGUAAAGAUUGACAGAAGCUUGCUGCUGCAUGAUGCCAAGGAUAUGAAGGAGUCUGUCGAAGGUUUAGCCGAAGGGUAUACGUUGCUCAAAGACGGCGGCGUGGAUUUCGACGACCCAGCUGCAACAAAGCUCCAAGUACUUGCGGAGAAGGCGGACGCUUUCUGGAGCCAGUUCGAAAAUAUCCUGGGCAAACCUGUGCUGGACAACCUGAGAAAGAGGUUCCACGACUAUAUUGGUAAGUUGGAUGUUGAAGGUAAAAGGCGUUCAUAUCUUGGUUGGCUAACGAUCAUGGCAGCAAUUGUAAAGGAGCGGAAUGCCGCAGUCAUUGGAUAUACAGAGGCAGUUCUCUUGCUGAUCAAGUAUCAGACAGAGCUCGACGCCCUUGCUGCUGAACGGGCUGACAUCUCCCGGGAGGAGUAUGACCAACUUGGUGCAGAUCAUCCGACUAUGACAGCUUUCAUGAAAAAACUUUACACAGAUGCAAUCCACACCACGCAGGAAUGGCUAUAUAAAGCGCAGCGUUCGUAUCAAUUUGUCAGCCUAGACCGGGCAAACGUAGUGGGGGAUCAAAUGGAAGGGUUCAAAUUCUCAACAUUCAAUUCGGCAACGUUGAUCUCGAUCAACUCAACACUCAUCACAAGGUAUAAUACUUUCAUUGAAAAAGUAGGUACCGAGCCUCAGACAUUUAAUGGUCUAAGAUACGAUAUCGAUGAGAUGUAUGUCGACAUGAUCCAAGAUAGUGGAACGGACGGCAUCACACAUACAAUUGAAAUACCGGUCUUUGAUAUCCAUAAGCCGAAUCCAUUCGGCUCUAUGGUCGACAUUCGAUUAACCAAGGUUCGCUUCUAUUUAGACGGGGCCAAGACCGAUUCUCACUUCUUGGAUUUGACGUUGAAGCAUCAGGGGAAGGAGACGAUACUCAAUAAGCAAGAUGAACGGUUCGACUUUGUCCACGACCCGCUGAUCGCUAAAUUCAGGUAUAAUAUCGACAGCCCAAUGGUCAUGGGCCCAGGCACCACGGAUGGGGAUGUGGGAUCGGUAGGAGAGGACCGCUAUGCAAAGGUAGGACCUUUUACUCAGUGGACAUUCCAGCUCACUACCGACAACAACCCGGGGUUAAACCUUGGCAAAGUGAGUAAGGCUUACUUCAUGUUCUGGUUUACCUAUUAUGAGACGAUGUAG